AUGUCAGUUGGUAGAGCGGAGCCUAUCGACUUCUACGAUGACCCUUUGCUUUUGAAUGAUCCCUGGACCUCGCAUGGCUUUUCAGAUGGAUUUCAUUCUAGCAACUUGAUGGACGAUCCGAGCGAUGACGAUGUGCCGCUCCUGGAACCCAUCAGAGAGGACGAUGCAGUUGGACAGUGGUUGUGUGCUUCCUGCUAUAGCCCUGAUUGGAGGCGUAUGGCUGAUGGAUACCGAUGUGCUGCAUGCGGUGGAACCCGCUUUUUCGAGAGCAACAUGGCCUCAAGCGGUGUUUCCGCAGGCACUUGGGUGUUUGUUCCCCGUAAGGGAUCUUUAGCAGAUGCAACCACAAGCACUACAUGUUCAACAGCUGUCCGCAAUUCCAUGCAUUCCUAUGAGCCCAAUCAUGAAGCCGGCAGUGAGAAGCAAGCUGAAUCGGAGCAGCUCACCGAUGAUCCGUGCGUGAACCCUGAAACGAUGUCUGCCAGGACUAGCAGGCGUGAACGACGUCGAGCUCGACGAGCUGCAGGUCCUUCUGGAGAUGCUCUUGCAGGUAGUCGUGGACAAGGCCCUGGCAGUCAUAAGUCUGUUUCUGUGUCCAUUGGAACUCCUGUGAGACUGGCAACCCAAACGACCCCAAACCGAGCAAGCAAUGCUGUCCCUGCUGGCAAUGCAGUGCCCUCGCCGCAACGUACGAGAAGCAGCUCAGACAUGUGGCGAGAUGAGAUGCUUCGAAACCUUGGUAAUCAGGUAACCAAGGACAAGAAUGCAGACUGGACCAUAGACAAAGGUCCGGCCCCUGGAGUCAAAUAUCGAAGUGGCCAACCUCCAGCGCCUCCUGUAUGGCACUAUGCAACAACAGACCUUCGUGCAUUCCAGAAGUGGGAGCGCAGACUUCAGGUGUGGCGCCUUCAGGUGAGUCAUUAUCUUCCACCUCGCGAAGCGGCACUUAUGCUGUAUGUUAACCUGAAAGGCGAGAUGGAAGAGGAGUUGGAAUGGGCUGAUCUUGACAAGAUAGAUUGCGAUACAGGGAUUGACUUCAUUUUGGAUCAGCUUAGACGACCCCUGAAGACGAGGGAGGUUUACCUCAAACGCCAGUACUUGUGGGACUUUGAAGUGAUUCAGCGCCAUCCCCAAGAGAGUGUCCGAAGCUUUUGCAACAGAUAUCAUAGAUGUGAGCGUUCGCUGCUGGCAAUUGGAGUCAACGUCAACAUGAUGUAUGACAGUGAGAGCCGUGGUGUGCGGCUGCUUGACCGACUCCGACUCAACUUGGAGCAGCAGCGGAUGAUUCUCAUCGGAUGUGGCCAGAGCUUGCACUAUGAAGACGUGAAAGAAGCAGCAAUUCUCCAGUUUCCUGAGCACCGUGCAGCCCCAUAUGUUGUCCAGAACCGUGAGUUCGACAGAGGUGGCCGACCAGACUCCGGCCAACAACAGCAACCUCGAUCUGACAACCGUCCUGCACAGGGAAAAGGCAACAAAGGCAGCGGUAAGCAAUACGGCAAGGGUAAACCUUCCGACUCCAAAGGCAAGGGCAACUCAUAUGUCCGCAGUGCCUACGUUGCCGAGAACACAGAAGAUGCUCAGGAGGAACACCACGAAGAGGAUGGAGAAGCAGCUGCUCAUGACGAAGCUGAAGAUCAGGGAGAAGACUAUGAAGAAGGUGGCGAUGCAGCCAACCACAAUCAAGAUGAUGCUGAUGAAGCACCACAGGAAGAUGCUGACCUUGAGCUAGCCGCACACUGCUUGACCGUCACAGCCAGACGUUUGAGUGGGCUGCGACUUGGCAGGAAAUUUUCUGGCCAAGGCAACAAGUCAAUAGCUGAGCGGAAACAAACGUCGCAUUGUGCAGCAUGCGGCGCCAAAGGUCAUUGGCAGGGUGAUCCAGAAUGCCCUCACUCAAACAAUUCAGCUGGCAAUGCGGCUGACUCCAAAAGUGGUGGCAAGACUGGUGCAAAAUCUAGCAACCAGGAUGACCGCAAGUCCUCCGGCGCGAAAAAGGUGAUGACCGUUGUGCAUGCUGAUGGUGUUGCACGGCAAGCUGCUGUGGAAACCACCAAGAAGGAAGCCUUCGGCACAUAUUUCACUUUCAUGGUUUCUUCACCUGGCCACAAUUUGCACCAGAUCUAUGCAGCAAAUUUGAGUAGCUUUGACCAUUUCGUUGUGCUGGACACUGCAUGCCAACGUACCUGCUGUAGCUCAACAUGGUUUGCUUCCUGGCAGGCGUACGUGGAGAACCUACGGUUCCGUGCUAAGCUUUCAGAAUGUCAUGAGCCUUUUGAAUUUGGGCACGGUCCAACUCAGUACAGCAAGCAGCAUGCAUAUCUUCCAGCGUGUUUUGAUGGCAGCUCCAGUACUUGCUCACUGCUGGGUGCCUGCAUCAUUGAGACCUCCAAUGAUAUCCCACUCCUAGGCAGCAAUGUUCUUUUGGCAAAGAAGCUCAAAGCCACUUUGGAUUUGCCCAGGCAGCGAGCUCAUUUAGCCACUUUUGGAUGCGAUGUUCCCAUUGCAGUCAUCAAUGGUCAUUUGGCAUUAGACAUUGCUGCGUUUUCACAACAUGCACACGAGUUUUCAUGUUGGAACGAGUUGGCAACUUUGAGUGAUGAAGCUGACCGUGAUCCAGAAUUUUUGUGCGUGUUCCCAUCAGUGCUCAAGCAAGAUCAAGCAGGUGUUCAAGAACACGCCCAUGGAAUCAGUCCGAGCUCCACCUCUAUGGCUUCAGCGCUGGAAGAAUUUUGUGGCCACCAUCUUCCAGGCAGAGAUGAUCCUGGCACAAGUUAUGGUAAAGGCGUGUCGCCUGAGGAUCCGCAACAGGUCCUGGCUGCACUACCAAGAUCCGCUGCACAUGGAGGAGAAAGAGAUGUUGUUCACCAGGGCGACAGGCCCAUGCCCACACGACCAGCUUCAGCGGUCGGGCAACAAGCACGGGCGGUACAGCAAGUGCCUGCAGUGCGGCAAGAAAUGGACUUGGGACGACGACGCCAAGCUGUGGACAGAACCAAAAGUCUCCUCAAGACAGCAGCAGCUGCCUUUACCGUCCUCAUCUACGGCAACAGUGUUCCAGGACAAGGCCUACACACCAGCUGCAUCGAUGGGACUCAAGACCUGGGACUUGACACCACACGCCAUCAAGGACCAGCCUUUGAGUUCAGCAGCAGCUGCCAAGAAAGCUGCAGCCAAGCGUGGAGCCAAGCCCAAGAAGAGCCCAUCAAAGAGGCAGAGCCGAUCCAUGGAAGAGGACGGGGACUCGGACUACGACUGGAGCCUUCUGGAAUGAAGACAAAGACAUCCACUGGUGCGUCCAAGACAGGGAAUCGAAUUUGGCUGACCGGCUAUUUGAGAGCCUGCCAGAAGACGUACCAGCGUGAAGUUGAUGCCUAUGAAUGCUUGGCCAGUCAUCAUGACUAUAAAAGGGCUGGAAGCAAGGUCGACCUCAUGGACUUUCUCGAGGUCUUUGCCGGCACGGGGAUUGUCACAGACCUUGCAUCGAGCUUUGGACUUUCAGCUCUCCAACCCUUCGACCUACUCUAUGGCCAAGAUCUCAAAGAUCGCCAUGUUGUCCACCAACUCCAUCAAACAGUUGAUCAGUUCAGGCCACUGCUCACUUUGAUAGCAUGGCCAUGCACUUUCUGGAGCAUCUUCAACCAGAAUAUGAAUUACAGUUGGCGGUUGCAUGAACUUGAAGAACUCCGUGAGUCCGACCGCCCAUUGGUCGACCUUGGUUGCGACCUGGCUGAGAAACAAAUGGAUGAAGACCGGCUGUUCCUAGGUGAGACCCCUCUACGAUCAGCCAUCUGGGACGAGCCUCGUGUUGUUCGCCUCCGAAAUCGGCCAGAUGUGAUUGAGGUGGAAUGCGAUGCUGGUGCGUAUGGGGCUGAAACAGUCACUGGCGAGCCAAUUGCGAAGCCACACAGGUUCAUCACCAACAGCCCCAUUCUGGCUCGACUUCUCUCACUCAAGCUCACCCCAGAGCAGAAGAUGUAUACCACCAAAGUGGAAGGCCGCCACACCAAGGCCUCAGGACAGUACUGUCAUGGACUUGCUUGUGCUAUCCUUGAGGGCCUUCGUGAAGAAGCACGCCUCCGAAACCCCCAGAGGUUCCAACUCAACCACGAGGUGUACUACGCGGCCCCAACAACUCAUGAAGAGGACUGGACGGCUGCUUUGAAUGAAGCUGAGAAGAGGUUCGAGAACACCAGCAAACGACCUCUGAUCCUUGCCGAAGGAGACAUUCUUUACCAACAAGUUCAAGAGCUGGUUCCAUGGAAGCUCAACCGCAUUCAGUUGGCCUGGCUGCCUGGCCAACGAAGAUGGCCAACUGAAGUGCCAUUCACCCACCGCGGCUGUGCAUACCGCGACGCUAGUGGAAGGUUCGCCAUUGAGCAUGAAGACCUCACAUCAGUGCCAUACCCGAAACAGAAGUUUAUCAACCCUGUUCGAGUGGCAAUCUUCUUCUAUGGCGAAGCUCCAGAAGAACCAGCGGAACGACUUCAAUUUGAUGAUGACCGCGAGAUCCCUACCACUGCCAAGGUAGCAGGUCUCAACACUGACAUCCACUUCGAAGGUGGUCCUCCAAUGUCCCGAGAGAUGAGGAGCUCUUUGGCAAGACUUCAUUGUAAUCUUGGUCACGCUCCCAAGACCGAGAUCAUCCGCAUUCUUGCCGCUGCCGGCAAACUUGACAGCAAGAUUCUUGCUGGACUUGAUGCAUUGAGAUGUGGCACUUGCAAGAGGCUCACAAAGCCCACAAAGCCACCAACUUCCUCAACAGCAAGUGCAUCGAGAUAUGCUGGCGCAUUUGGAGAACACCUCCAAGCUGACAUCAUCUACAUUCGACUUCUAGACGGAUACGCAUGUCCAGUACUUGGAAUGGUCUGCAUGUCCACCAAUUACCAUGCAGCGAAGACUUUGCAGAAUAGGAGCCCUGAGCACCUUCUCGAAGUCAUGCAGGAGAUUUGGUACCGACCACUCGGUCUUCCAAUUUCCAUCACAGUCGACUCAGACACAGCCUUCUACGGUGUCAAUGAACAAUGGCAUCAACAAAUUGGCGUUGAGUUUGACAUCAUUCCUGCCGAAGAAGCUCACAAGCUCGGCAAGAUUGGCCGAAGAAAUGCCCUGAUGCGAACUCUGUCUGAGAGGCUGAUAGACCAGAACGGUGCCACCAACAAAGACCAACUCAACAACAUUCUCACUGCAGUGCUCCACAGCAUGAACAACUCCACCUACAGUUAUGGUCGUUCACCAUGUCAGGCAGUUUUUGGACGAAUGCCCCGACCAGUUGGAGACCUGCUGUCGGACGAAAAGGCCCUAGCCAUUACUCCUCCACUUGAAGGAGCUCAGCUAUCUUUGAGGCCUGAACUCCUGCGAGCAGAAGCGGUGACAGCUUUGGCGCAGUUUUCUGCUUCACAGGCUAUUCGUCGAGCACUGCUGAGAAAGACGAGAAACCAAAAGGACUUCAGCCAUCUCGAACCUGGCCAGGCAAUAGCCUUUUGGAGACAAAGCGCCAAAGCUCGCCAACACAAACGUGGAGCAUGGUGCCUUGGACGUUUCCUUGCACUCGACCCAGAUCGGAAAUCUAUGUGGGUGCAAGUUGGCAAAAACUCCAUCCGCAUUGGCAACACCCAGGCUGAGAACAACAUCGCUCAAGGCCUUUGGAGCGAUGAAGUCGAAGAUGGCCCCAGAGAAGAAGAUGCAGCCGAUAUUGAAGCCGACAUCUUCCAAUUCCGGCGACAAUUUCCACAACGACUUGAAGAUGAACCCGAUGACUGCUAG